AUGUCAUCAUCAUCGAUAUCUGAUGGAAUUCUCAGCUUUGCUACACAAUACUCGAUUUAUACUGGUUGUAUUACAUUUAGUUUUGGUGUUAUUGGUAAUGUGUUGAAUCUUCUCGUUUUUACUCAGUUGAAACUAUUUCGAACUAAUCGAUGCGCAUUCUAUAUAACUAUUGAGUCAAUUACAAACUUUAUUUAUCAGUUUGUAUCUAUUAGUUUAACUGUUUUAACAUCAAUAUAUGGAGAUGAUGCAACAGGACGUUUUCUCAUUUGGUGUAAACUAAGAUAUAUAUUGGCACAAACAUGUGCACUCACUAAUUUUUACAUGAUAUGUUUUUCUGCUGUUGAUCAAUUCUUCUCAACAAACCACCGUUUGAAUUUAAGACAAAUGUGCACAUUGAAACUAGGUCGAUAUUUUGCGUUUAUAUUCAUUUGUUUUGUGAUCAUUCAUAGCAUUGUACUUGGCUCUUCUUACGAUAUUAAACCAACGUUGGGAUGUGUUCUAUCGAAUUAUGUCUGGGUUCAGUACUCAACAUAUUUCUUUAAUCCAAUUUUGUACGGUUUUCUACCUAUUGUAAUUGCAUCAACGUUUAGUAUCUUAGGUUAUCGUAAUGUUCGUCGUAUAGUUCGACGACAAUUACCCAUUGUUCGUCGUAAACUAGACAAACAAAUAACAGCAAUGGUUCUUAUACGUGUGAUAGCCUUUGUUUGUUUGACACUACCUAAUAAUGCUUAUCGUAUCUAUGUCAUUAAUUUUCCUAUAUCACGAAGUAUGCCUAUGGUAUAUGCAGUUGGUCGAUUGCUUCAAGCAAUUCUUCUGUCUGUCAACAAUAUAAAUUAUAUGAUCAGCUUUUAUAUUUUUAUAGUAUUCUCAUCACGUUUUCGUCGUCAAGUGAAAUUUGUUCUAGUGAAAAAAUGUUGGCAACGAUGGAAAUAUUGGUGUUGUCACAUAAAUAAUCGGAUUGAACCUGACAACAAUGUUGUAGCACAUAAUUCACAAACGGAAUCUGAUGAAAACAUCUAA